AUGUUACGUUCCUUUUGUUUCAGAAUUCGUGGGUGUGGAAAUUCUGCUUCUGGAUUGGAGGAGGGGGGUUCUAAAGAAGAUUCGUUAGGAUUCAGAGGGUUCAGUGAUUUAGUAGGGUUCGGAGGAUUCAGUGAUUUAGUAGGAUUCAGAGGAUUCAGUGAUUUAGUAGGAUUCAGAGGAUUCAGGGAUUUAGUAGGGUUCAGUGAUUUAGUAGGAUUCAGAGGAUUCAGUGAUUUAGUAGGAUUCAGAGGAUUCAGUGAUUUAGUAGGAUUCAGAGGAUUCAGUGAUUUUGAAUUACUGUAUGUUGUAGCAUGUGUGGUUGAAAUGUCGUUUUUAUUUGACUUUUUAGAUACAGUGGAUACAGAGGGGUUAGAGGUACCGACUUUGAUUUUGUAA